AUGGGGGAAGACCGGUUGGAGAAAAUACCACUGAGUGCAAGUCAAAACCUAAUCCCACAUCUCGAAGCUUGCAUUCAGAAUGAUUCCCGGUUCUUGCAGACCAGGCUCGGAAGUGAGCGUCUACGCAUCCCGGCAGAACGAUUCGCGUCAUUUUACAAGCGUCAUGGAAAAUAUCGAGAAGGCAAAGCUCUACGCCAGCGUACGUUAGAUUUCGUCGUGGCUGAGCUUGGUGAGAGUCAUCGCAGCACUUUUGAGGCGACAGUCAAGCUUGGGCGCUUCUACUACAAGGAGGCCAGCUACUCCGAGGCAAAGGAGCUUUACCAAAAGGCCCUCAUUGGGCAAGAACAGUAUCUGGGCCGGGAUGACCCCGAUACCUUACAGUCACUGGUCGACAUUGCAGCCACGCAUCUCAAAGAGGGGCUUUAUGGCUCCGCUGAGCCGCUAAUGCACAGAGUCCAGGCCGCGCAGAAGAAAAGUCUUGGGGAACACCAUCCAAAGAGGCUGUGGUCCAUGAUGAUCCUUGGGAUGGUUUACAAGAAACAAGGAAGAUUUGAAGAAGCAGAUAACCUCUAUGUCGCCGCUUUGCAUGGCCAGGAACAGCAACUGGGUCUGGACCAUCCGGACACCACCAAAACGGCGAUGAAUUUGGCAAGUGUGAGAUACGCUCAGGGUAGGUACGACGAGGCCGAAGUUCUGUCGAAGCGGGUAGUUGAGAGUAGGGGACAAACCUUGGGUCCUUUGCAUCCUAACACGCUCCGUGCACUCUGGAAUCUCGGUCGAGUCUACCUAGGCCUGGGUCAAUACUACCUGGCAGAUGAGCUUUUCAAACGCGCGCUGGAGGGUCAGGAGCUACAACUCGGGCCAGAGCACGCAUUUACGUUGAGAACGCUCGCCUAUUCGGCACAGCUUGCAUUUGUCCAAAAAGACUACAAGAUUGCCACCACUCUUUUCCAGAGGGCCUUUAGGGGACUCGAGGUAAAAUGUGGAUCUAGCCAUCCUAACACUUUAUGGUGCGCACAUGGUCUGGCAAAUGUUUAUCGAGACCAAGGGUUCCAUACAGAGGCUGGCGCUCUCUACCAGCGUGUUGUGGGUGAAUAUUAUCAAAUUUGGGGAAAAUCGCAUCCUGAGGUGCUGAGGAUAACCAAAGACAUGCACCAACUGCGUUGA